GUGCUUGGCGCCAGUUAUUUGUCACAGCCAUCAUAUGCAGCAUAUGGCGCGUGAGAUCCGCCUCUCUUCCCAUCAACCUGCGGCUCGUCCCGCUUUUCCGCUGGCCUUUUAUUCCGCUGACAGGCGGCUGUUCCUGAACUCGCUUUAAUCGCAUCUCUUUCGCGUCUCCCGCGAUACAGUCGGAAGCGACAGAGUUAAUUUCGCUCUUUUCCGCGCGCAGACGUCUGUUUAGCUCGGAAUUAGACCGUGGUUUAUUGGUAGACGGUCGGUUGCGCUCUAAUUCAAUCAGCAGAGAUCGUGCGGGAGGUGGGGCCACCGAACAGAACAGCGCGCAUCACACCAUUAUUUUCCUGUAAGUGCAUCCAAGAAAUAUGAGCGAUUCAGAGAAACAAACAGUCUCCCUUAAAGACAAGGAUGGAGUGGAGAAAAGGGGACGAGGAAGACCAAGGAAACAUCCAAAGGAAUCGAGUGGGUCGCCAACUGCGAAAAGAUCAAGAGGACGGCCGAAAGGCAGCAAAAACAAAGGCCCAUCCAAGAGAAAAUCGUCAGCUCCUGGCAGCAAACCGAAGGGAAAGCUGAAGAAAGGGGAAAAGGAAAAACCUCAGGACUCAUCUGAGGACGCUGAGGAAGAUGACGAAGAGGAGCAGUAACAAUCUAACUACCUCAUACCCAACGAAACAAACCGUCUGCUCUCCAACCUGUGAAAAACAUGGAAUGUCAUUCACGUCUUUCUACAACCACAAAAGGACAGUAAUAGAUGUAAUAUUCUGCAUAAUACAUGAGUUUUAUAUCAUUAGAUCAAAUAUACUGUAGAACCCAGAAUCACACUGCAUACAAAUGUCAUGUGUUUCCUGUUACUUUUAUUAUAUAUCUAUUGGACUGAGGUGCUUUUCUACUUACGCUUUGUUUGUAGUUCUGUUUAGUCAUUUUUGUGUCCAUAUUGUAGACUAGAUUUAGAUCAAGCUAUGUGUAACAUCAUGGGCUUAAUAGUUCUCAUAGAAUGCAUUCAUUUUGAAUUUACCUAGAUUUUUGUUAGUGUAUAAUACUUAGCAGCCAACAGUGAAUAUUUGUUUCAAGGCAGGUUCUUAUAUUUUGUAAUCAAAUACAAGUUACCCAGGCCAGAUGUUGAGGGAGCACAUAGAUUUAGUUUAAAUGAAUAGUUCACCCAAAAAUCUAAAUUUGUUGGAUGUUAACUCACACUCAGGCCAUCCAUAUGUAGAUGGGUUUUUUCUUCAUCAGAAGAGAUUUGGAGAAAUGUAGCAUUACAUCAGUUGCUCACCAGUGGAUCCUCUGCAGUGAAUGGGUGCCGUCAGAAUGAGAGUACAAACAGCUGAUAAAAACAUCACAAUAAUCCACACCACUCCAGUCCAUGAAUUAAUGUCUACAGAAAACAUGUAUGCUUGUAAGAAACAAACCAACCUUAAGACAUUUUUUAAAUGAAACUUUUUUUUUUCAUAUUUGCUCCAAUGAAAAAGUCAUCUCAUCUGAAUCAAGAGAGAGAUAUGCACAGAUAAAACACUGUU